AUGAACACAUUUAAUAUUAAACGGUUUUCUAUCUUGCUUUUUGUGAUUUCAUUUCUUACAACUUUUAAUAUUAUAUGGACACGAGAAGAACAAACGAAACAACAAGUGAAACACGUGGAGGUGGAGAAGAACGCUUCCAAAAGAUAUUCUUAUAAAUCAACGGGUGAUCCAAAGACAGUUACCUUAAAACAUAUCUAUCAUCGUUGUACUUCAAAAUAUCCUAAUCUUAUACGCCGUAAAGAUAUUAGUGAAGCUUCUUUACGUGUACACGAGCUUAAAACUGGGGUAUCAUUUACAUAUACUCUUAAGGGGAUAAAUGGUACAAAAAUGACACCUACGAAAUAUCCAAUAGAUGAAUAUCGUCAAAAAUCUAAGAAUGAACAAAUUUCAUUAAAAAUGGAUUGGGAAACUACCGAAGGAAUGUUACCUGAUGUAAAAGAUUGGGAUACUUUAAUCAAUUUGGCAAAGAUUACUUAUAAUGCUUAUACUUUGGAAGAAAAUGAAGAUUGGUAUGACCUUGGUGAUGAUUAUCAUCGGCGUGAUUCUUUUGGAUGGGAAGGUGAUGGAAUUCGAGGACAUGUAUUUGGUGAUGAAAAAAAUGAAACAAUAAUCAUUGCAUUUAAAGGUACCAGUAUGGGUUUUAAUGCAGAUGAAUAUCCAAAUGCUACAAUUUGGUUAACUGGACAUUCUCUUGGUGGUGCACUUUCCUCCUUACUUGGAAUUACUUUUGGUUUACCAGCUGUAGGAUUUGAAUCUCCCGGAGAAAGAUUAGCUGCUGAGAGAUUACAUUUACCGAAACCUCCGGCUAUUCCGUAUGACAAAAUGAAUAUAUGGCAUAUUGGUCAUUCAGCUGAUCCUAUUUUUAUGGGAGGCAUGUCAAGUUCUUGUUAUAUUGGAGGAUAUGCUGUAAGAUAUCUUAAGUAG